AAAGGUUUAACUUUCAGAGGUAGAAAUGGCAGAGAUGGAGGAUUUGGUCCAAUCGUCUUCACCAUUAGAGCAGCACAUCCUAUCUUCUUCAUCGCAUCCUACAAGAAAUGUCGGGGGAUGGAAAGCCAUUAGAUAUAUUCUUGGGAACGAGUCCUUUGAAAAGCUGGCUUCUAUGAGCUUGAUUGCCAAUAUGACAGUUUAUCUGCAAAACAAAUACCACAUGGGAGGUGCAUCUAAUGUCAAUGUCACCACUAUAUGGUCUGGUUCCUCCAACAUUACAUCUUUAUUAGGUGCAUUUCUUGCUGAUACUUAUUUGGGCAGAUUUCGUACCCUUCUCUUUGGAAGCAUAUCGUCUCUUCUGGGCAUGGUGGCCGUGACCCUGACAGCAGCUGUACCUCAGUUAACACCCCCAAAAUGCGAGGGGGAGUCCCAUUGCCUCCGGCCUGAAAAAUGGCAGCUGGGAUUCCUCUUUGUGAGUCUUGGGUUUUUGUCAAUAGGAGCUGGUGGUAUUAGACCGUGCAAUAUUGCUUUUGGCGCUGAUCAAUUUGAUACCAGAACUGCAAAGGGCAGAGCAAAUCUUGAGAGCUUUUUCAAUUGGUGGUAUUUCUGCUUUACAAUUGCUCUAUUGGUAACUCUUACAGGAGUUAUCUACAUUCAGACUGAUGUCAGUUGGGUUAUAGGCUUUGCCAUUCCAACAGCUUGCCUAUGUUUCUCCAUAUCCAUUUUCUUGAUUGGCCACCAUACUUAUAUUUGCAAGAAGCCUCAAGGUAGCAUAUUUGCAGAUAUGCUCAAGGUAAUCACAGCUGCCUACAGGAAGCGUCAGCUAACUAUUGCACCGGAUUCUCAGCAUUCAUUUUAUGAUCCUCCUAUGAAUGACUCAGACGUGCACCUGAAACUUUCUCGUACAGAUAGGUUCAAAUUUCUUGAUAAGGCUGCUAUAAUCACUGAGCCGAGUGAAUUGGAUGCCCAAGGCAGGUCCAAGAAUACCUGGAGACUAUGCAGCUUGCAGCAGGUGGAGCAACUGAAAUGUUUAGUAGCAAUAGUGCCAGUUUGGCUAUCAGGAAUUGCAUGUUUCAUACCUAUGGACCAACAGAAUGCAUUUGGGAUCCUUCAAGCAAUUCAAAUGAGUAGAUCUCUGGGCUCACAUUUUAAAAUCCCUCCAGGAUGGAUGGGCCUUACAUCAAUGAUUGCACUUUCGAUAUGGAUCUUCAUUUACGAGCUCAUUUUCAUCCGUCAGGCAAAGAAGUUGACAGGAAAGGAUAAAAGAUUGACAAUGCCACAAAGAAUUAAGAUUGGUAUUGUAAUGUCAAUUCUAUGCAUGUUAGUAGCUGCAAUUGUUGAGAAACGACGCCGCGAAUCAGCUCUGAAACACGGUUCCUUUACCUCCCCUAUAACCAUAGCAUUGCUCCUUCCACAGUUCGUCCUGUCAGGAUUAACUGAAGCUUUUGCAGCAGUUGCCAUAAUGGAAUUCUACACCACACAAAUGCCAGAAAGCAUGAGGACUGUUGCGGGGGCAGUCUUCUUUCUCAGCUUAUCAAUAGCAAGUUAUGUAAGUUCUUUACUCAUAAAUAUCAUUCGUCAUGUCUCAGGAAAGAAUAGGAAAUUGCCAUGGUUGGGUGGCCACGACCUUAACAAGAAUAGGCUUGAUUACUACUAUUACAUCAUUGCAGGCCUAGGAGCAGUAAACUUCAUUUAUUUCAAUUUCUUUGCAAGCCGUUAUGCAGUUAAUAGCAGUCAUGGUAAUGAGAAAAGAGAGGUGGAAUUGGAGGAAUCAAGUUGUUGCCAUUCGAGAAAUCUGCCUAGAGAUGAAACAGAGGAUGAAGAAACAGGGUUGGAGACUCAUGGCAGACCGACGGUCACUGCCUAGGAAGAAAAACAGACGCAGAAAUCUGACUGAGAUUCCUAAGGAAUAUCAGAAAAUAUCAGCUUUCUUAGCCCUCUUAAGUGCUACAACUCUUUGCUUUUGCUUUGCAGUGCUCAAAAUGUUCUUUAAAGGACUGGCUGAGCCUGAUACUGGAAGAUAGAAAGCUUGCAUUCUAUUUUUUGUUAGUAUUAUUAUUUGCUGAUAUGCAUACCUUUUCACUCUCUCCAACACAUGCAGAUAAUCAAAUUGAGAAAAUGUGAUG